AUGCCACAGACUCCGGGACACUCGCGCAACCAUUCGGGCGUUGACGCCUCUUACCAGUACAACAGCGUCAACUCCUCCCCUCAAGAUAGACGAACAUCGAGGUCCUCUGCCGACCCCGCGACACCCUUACGCAGCAGCUUCAACAAUCAAGACGCUCUGGACAUCUCGUUUGCCAGCGGAGGCAUGGACGCAGGCAACGGCUUAGGCAACCUCGCAGAUGAACUGGCCGACGCUUUCUCCGACUCUGGAGACGAAGAGGAAUACUACGAAGAGGAGACCAACAAUGCCGACAACAACGGAAGCGGGACACCAAAUAUCAACGUCGAAGAAGCCGAUGGGAGAGCCACCUUCGAGGGAAUACGGGACAGCGGGGUCGAUGUCGCAAGUCUCGGCGAAGCCGGCGGCAAAGCGAAGAACUUCAACCUUGGGCCACCAUCAGCCGCUCAACGCGGUCACCGAAGGAGUGGGAGUGAAUACGACGGAAGCGAGUACGGAUCCGAGUCUGAUCUUGACUCCCCCGGCAUGCUGCCUAGCCUGGUUGCCAAGAUGGAUGCUGUCGAGUCUUUGGCGAGGAGAGGGACCGAGAGUAAUGGAGGACCUACAGAUGGCGUCUUCAGCAGGGUGACGGAGGGCUUGAGAGAUUUGGGCUCCCAAGCUGGCGUCGAGGCUAACCAGGGCAGACUCAUCACUGCUCACUCGGCCCUCACUACCCACUUGACUCAUCAGACCCGGCAGCUACACAACUUAACCUUCCCGCUCCUCUCUCCACUCGUUCCACCGCCGGAUUCGGAGACCAUCGAUGAACUAUUACCCCUUUUGAUCGAGCUAUCUGAGUCGAUGCCGCGGCCGACAACAAAAGCCUUCGACUCCCUCACAGCCCUCCAUACACUCACCUCCGACCUCGUCCAGAGCCUCAACUACCUCUCAGACACGCUCCACAUGUCUCGGCAGACAACCACAACGGCCACGCGUCGCUUGAAGAGCGCCAAAGAGCUGGUCGCCGAGAUCAAGAGGGAAGAAGAUCUCCGCGAGGAGGGCGAGCGGUGGAUCAACCGAGGUAACUGGAGCGAGAGGUUGGCCAACCGCGAGUGCGCAGGCGUGUGCGGCGACGUCGUCGGCGGGUUCGAGGAAGUAUGCAACAGCUGGCGGGCCCGCUUACUGGAGCAAGCCGGCGCUGCACAGGCGUAG